GAGAGAGAGAGAGGAGGGAACGCACAAGGAAAUGGUGGUGGUUCUUGUGGUCCUUGCUUUCUUUUUCACCUUUUCUAAUUCUCUCCCUCUGAUUAAACCCUACAACCCCACUUCAUUCGUUCCUUCCCCAGUGGCCCUCUCCCCUUCCUCCCUUCGUGUAUCAGCUGAGCACAAGCAGCAGCAGCGGAAUCCCUCACCGACCAUCACAACGGCGUCUGGUUGUGAGGAUGGAAAGGCAAGCAGCGACGGUGGCAGUGGCAUCAGAGGGGAGGAAGGGCAAGCAGAGGGAGAAGAAACAAGAGGUGGCGAUGGAAGAGGAGGAGGAGGAGGAAGAUGAGGAAGAGGAGGAGAAGAGGAAGAGGGCUAGCACCACCGUCGUGCUUGGCCGGAAGGGUUCCAAUUCCGGCCAGACGCCAUGCUGCCAGGCUGAGAACUGCUGUGCUGACCUCACCACCGCAAAGCGCUACCACCGAAGGCACAAGGUUUGCGAGACACACUCCAAAGCGGCCAUCGUCAUGGUCGCCGGCCUCCGGCAACGGUUCUGCCAGCAGUGUAGCAGGUUUCACGAGAUAUCAGAGUUCGAUGAGUCUAAGAGAAGUUGCCGGAGGCGGCUGGCGGGGCACAAUGAGCGGAGGCGAAAGAAUUCGGUGGAUUCUCAGACGGAUGGGACUAGCAGAAGGGGAAUCGGGCACCAACUGAAGGAUAACCAUUGCAGGCCUUCCGAGGAGGCGGGGAGGAUGCAGAUCACCUUGCAGGGGAAUCGCACUUGCAAGCAUUUCCAGAUCAGAUGAGAAUCAGAAUAGUUUCAGCAACCCUCACACUUCAAGCAUGCUGCUCUCUCUCUUCUGUCAUCUCUCUCUGGAUUCUGUUUUCAUGGGCCAACUACCGUGACUCGAAGACAUAUAUACUCCGUUAAGUGUAGAAGAUAUUAGCUUUAACGUAUUAAUCCUUGUGGCGCAGUUGGAUUUCCGUUCUGCAUGUAUGAUGUUUAGUUUCUAUUUCUAUCUAGUCAAUGCCUCUUUACGUCUGUAUUUGAUGUCUUUGAUGAAUGCAUGCUAUUUAGCCCUCGGAUUACCUUUUUCA